AUUGACUCCAUCGAGAACUCUCUCAAGCCAGCAUCCUCACCAUCCGUACAACAUUCUGCCCGCCAGGUAUCGAACAUCCUCACGUUCGGUGUCAGACAAAGAACGUGCUCGACCUUGUGUAUACGCUGCUUGGACACAAUGUUUUCAGGUCUGGUCGCACGCCGGGCUGGCGCAACGCCACUCAAGACUUUCCAGCCUUCAACGCUACCACAUGUGCUUCGCAGCUCGGCAGUCCGUGGUCUCGCCACUGCGGCUGAGCCAUACGAUGUCGUUGUCAUCGGUGGUGGCCCUGGUGGAUACGUUGCUGCCAUCAAGGCUGCUCAGCUCGGUCUCAAGACUGCAUGUGUAGAGAAGCGCGGUUCGCUCGGAGGGACAUGUUUGAACGUCGGCUGUAUCCCAUCGAAAGCCAUGUUGAACAACUCGCAUCUUUACCACCAAGCUGCACACGACUUCAAGGGUCGAGGCAUUGAAGUAGGCAGCCUCAGCCUUAACCUCGCAACCAUGCUCAAAGCUAAGGACAGCUCGGUCAGCCAGCUGACCAAGGGUAUUGAGGGUCUCUUCAAGAAGAACAAGGUCGACUACGUGAAGGGUGCUGGCAGCUUCGCCUCGCCCACUUCCGUGAGUGUUAAGCUCAACGAGGGUGGCGAGACGCAGCUGGAGGCCAAGAACAUCAUCAUUGCUACCGGAUCGGAGGUUACUCCGUUCCCCGGCAUCGAGAUCGACGAGGAGCAGAUUGUCUCUUCCACCGGUGCGCUAUCGCUGCAGAAGGUCCCGGAGAAGAUGAUUGUCAUCGGUGGCGGUGUCAUUGGCCUAGAGAUGGGAAGUGUAUGGAGUCGCCUCGGUUCAAAGGUGACCGUCGUCGAGUUCCUCGGUGCGAUCGGCGGUGCAGGCAUGGAUGGCGAGAUUGGCAAGAGCUUCCAAAGGACACUUGAGAAGCAAGGGCUCAAGUUCAAGCUCGGCACUAAGGUUGUCGGCGCAGAGAAGAAGGACGGAAAGGUUGUGUUGAACGUGGAGGGUGCCAAGGACGGCAAAAAGGACUCGCUCGACGCCGACGUCGUGCUCGUCGCCAUUGGCCGGCGGCCCGUCACCUCUGGUCUCAACCUUGAAGCGAUCGGAGUCGAAGUCGACAAUCGCGGCCGCAUCAUCGUCGAUGAUCAGUACAACACGACGUGCAAGGGCAUUAAAUGCAUCGGCGAUGCCACGUUUGGACCCAUGCUAGCGCACAAGGCUGAGGAGGAAGGUAUCGCCGCUGUCGAGAUCAUCGUCAAAGGACACGGACAUGUGAACUACCAGGCUAUCCCUUCUGUUGUGUACACGCACCCGGAGGUCGCGUGGGUUGGCAAGAACGAGGAGGAGCUGAAGGCUGACGGUGUCGAGUACAAGGUCGGCAAGUUCCCCUUCAUGGCCAACUCGCGCGCAAAGACGAACCAAGACUCGGAGGGUGUCGUCAAGUUCUUAGUCGAAAAGUCGACAGACAGGGUGCUAGGUGUGCACAUCAUCGGACCUAACGCCGGCGAGAUGAUCGCUAGUGCCACACUUGCCAUCGAGUACCAGGCUUCAGCGGAGGACAUUGCACGAACAUGCCAUGCGCAUCCGACCCUUUCAGAGGCGUUCAAGGAGGCGGCUAUGGCAUCCUACGACAAGGCAAUUCACUUCUAAAAGGGUUCUUUAAUUGUACUAUCGCCCCCUCCCAGUAGAAGCUGCACCCUUG